AUGUCCGGUUCCACUCGAUAUGUGCGGUACCUGCUGUUCGCUGCCGUGGGAUUGGCCGUCUUCUUCUUCGUCUCGAGAUCCUCCAUCCCUAUCCCCAAUACUUCCGCGCUACCCAAGCUGAGCCGCCCCGCCCAACACGACACAGCUCCGGCGCCCUCGCAGCAACAACCUGCCAAGCCAGACUACGGGCCGAUCAGCGCUGGCGCACCGUCGGCCGCCCGCGUGAAUGCGACCUUUGUGACCCUGGCUCGCAACGGCGAUCUGUGGGAUCUCAUCAGUUCCAUUCGCUCGGUGGAAGACCGUUUCAACCGCAACUACCACUACGACUGGGUGUUCUUAAACGACGUGGACUUUGACGACGAGUUCAAGAAGCUCACCACCGCGCUGGUGUCCGGCACGACCCACUAUGGCAAGAUCCCGAAGGAACACUGGUCGUAUCCAGAUUUCAUCGACCAGAAAAAGGCCCAGGAGGCACGCGAGGAGAUGGGCCGCAAGAAGAUCAUCUACGGCGACUCGGAGAGCUAUCGCCACAUGUGCCGCUAUGAAUCGGGGUUCUUCUUCCGUCACGAGUUGAUGCAGCAGUAUGAACUCUACUGGCGUGUCGAGCCCAGCAUCGAGCUCUUCUGUGAUCUCCCCUUUGAUCCCUUCCGCUUUAUGAAGGAGAACGACAAGAAGUACAGCUUCGUCAUCAGUCUGCAGGAGUACAUGGAGACCAUCCCCACACUGUGGGAUAGUGUCAAGAAGUUUAUGACGGAGCAUCCGGAACACCUUGCGGAAGGAAACGCGCUGGAAUUUGUGAGCGACGAUGGCGGCGCCACCUUCAACAAGUGCCACUUCUGGUCCAACUUUGAAAUCGGCAACCUGGAAUGGUUGCGAGGCAAGGAGUACAUGGACUUUUUCGAGUCGCUGGAUCACGACGGCGGCUUUUUCUACGAGCGUUGGGGCGAUGCACCCGUCCACUCCAUUGCCGCCAGCCUGCUCCUCAAGAAGGAGCAAAUCCAUUUCUUCGACGAGAUCGCCUACUACCACGUCCCCUUCACACAUUGCCCAACUAGCGAGUCAAUGAGACUGGAUUUGAGAUGCACAUGUAAACCAAACGACAACUUUGACUGGAGAGGAUAUUCCUGUGGGUGA